CGGUGGCGGCGUGCGUUCGCCUGUGUGACACAAUUACAACAACUUUGAGCUUGUGUAGGGGAAGUUUACUAUAUUACCAAAUAACGCCCUAUCGUAAAAGCCGUCAUCAACUCUACUCAAUGCAUUAUUUGGCAAUUACAUACAUGUAGUAUUUUGUGUACAAUCAUGCGAGAAGGCUUUUUUGGACGGGACUUGUUUUCCUUGAGGAUUUGGCAAUCACACGGCUAAGCUAGCUACGUUUUCAGUCCUAGAUAAGCUGGUGUACUUUCGUUGUUAUUUUAUUUUGGUGGAGUUUGUCGCCCGCUUCCCUGUUUUUUCCCCCAUGAAAUCGUGCGGAGUGUCACUAGACGCGGCUGCUGCUCGAAGUCUCGGCGCUGCUGGUGAUGAGGAAAAGAAAAUGGCGGCGGGAAAAGCGAAUGAAAUCGAAUUGGACUUUCCGAAGCUAACAGCGCAGGAGAGAGACAGCUUGGUCGAAAUUGACAGUUCACUAUUUGGAUUUCAGAGGCUUCAUGAAGAUGGCGCCAGAACGAAGGCCUUGCUGUUAAAGGCUGUAAGCUGCUAUGACUCCGUCAUUCUGAAGUCUGAAGGGAAAGUAGAGUCGGAGAUGUUCUGCCAGCUGGGCCACUUCAACCUCCUCCUGGAGGACUAUCCAAAAGCAUUAUCUGCAUAUCAGAGGUACUACAGUUUACAGUCGGACUACUGGAAGAAUGCUGCCUUUAUAUAUGGCCUUGGUUUGGUCUACUUCCAUUACAACGCAUUUCACUGGUCCCCUUUCUCCCUGUCUAGGUCAGUGCAGCCCCCCUCCUCAGAGGCCCAGGCAGGACAGAGAAGGGCGAUAAAAGCGUUUCAGGAUGUGCUCUAUAUUGACCCCAGUUUCUCCCGAGCCACAGAGAUCCACAUGAGACUGGGCCUCAUGUUUAAAGGCAACACCGAUUACGAGUCCAGUCUGAAGCAUUUUCAGCUGGCUUUGAUUGACUCCAACCCAUGCACUUUGAUUGACUCCAACCCCUGCACUUUGUCCAAAGCUGAAAUUCAGUUCCACAUCGCUCAUUUAUAUGAGCUUCAGAAGAAAUUCAGAGCAGCAAAAGAAGCGUAUGAGAGUUUACUACAGACAGAGAAUCUUCCUGCACAGGUGAAGGCUGCUACACUGCGACAACUAGGCUGGAUGCAUCACACAGUGGAGCAGUUAGGGGACAAAGGCAACAAGGACAGCUAUGCCAUCCAGUGUCUGCAGAAGUCGCUAGAAGCAGACCCCAACUCUGGACAGUCCUGGUACUUCCUCGGCAGGUGCUACUCCAGUAUUGGGAAAGUCCAGGAUGCCUUCAUCUCCUACAGACAGUCCAUUGACAAGUCUGAGGCCAGCGCUGACACUUGGUGCUCCAUAGGUGUUCUGUACCAGCAGCAGAACCAGCCUAUGGACGCUCUGCAGGCGUACAUCUGUGCAGUGCAGCUGGACCACAGUCACGCGGCUGCCUGGAUGGACCUGGGCACGCUCUACGAGUCCUGCGGGCAGCCGCACGACGCCAUCAAGUGUUACAUCAACGCCACGCGCAGCAAGGCCUGCACCAACACUGCCGCCCUCACACACCGCAUUAAGAUGCUUCAGGCUCGGUUGUGUAACCCUCAGACAGGUAGUGUUGCGGGGGGGAAAGGUGGUAAAAUGCUUCCUAGUAUUGAGGAGGCGUGGAGCCUACCCAUCCCCGCUGAGCUCACCUCCAGACAGGGGGGCCUGAACACUGCAGCUUGCAGCCCAGGGUCACAGGCACAGCAGCAGGCAUGUAAGCCCCACCAGGGAGGUGAGGGAGGCCAGGUACAGACACAGGUCUCUCCCCAUCCCAGCCACACUGACAGUCAGGCCAGCCCUGCCAAGAGGAAACGCACCACCAGCCCAGCUAAGAGUGGUGUGGACUUGUGGACAAACAACCCGGUACAACAGCAGAUCCCCAGCUGGUACCUAACGCCACAGAGACUACAGCUCCUGGAUCAGCUCCGGACCAACCGGGCCAGUCUGAAACCACCACAGGUACAGAUGCUGGAUCAGCUGGAAAACCAGUUCUCCCUCAUGCAGCAGCAUCAACAGCAGGUGAGACAGCAGGCGGCAGGCCAGUUGCGGCCCACCCUACCCAACGGCCCCUCGCUGUCCCCAAACUCCCUCCCCUCCCCUCACCCCCUCUCCCGGACUUCACAUGUCAGUCACACCACAGCCCGCCCUCCCUGCACUGCUGAGCCAAUGGCCAACGGACCUUUAUCUUUAAGUUCCCUGGGGCAGCUGGGUAAUCAGGAGGCUGGGACCAUGGGCAAUAAUCACACUCCCGGUCUACCAGGUGCAGAGACGUUACCGGGGGUUCUAACAGGAGGUGGCAGGAGUAACAGAAACGUGCCUUACCUGCAGCAGAACUGUCUACCUCACAACUGCACAGUCGCUAGUAGUACCAGUACCCCUACCAGCAACAACACUAGUAGUACCAGUACCCCUACCAGCAACAACACUAGUAGUACCAGUACCCCUACCAGCAACAACACUAGUAGUACCAGUACCCCUACCAGCAACAACACCAUUCACAGCAGUAACAGUACCAGUAAUGCAGAGGAGGCCUGGAAGAGCCAGCAACGCACCAACUCCCCUCAGGAGCUUCACAAAGGUCCAGGUUCACAUUCGGCAGGUCCCAAUGCAGAACACCCUUCCUCCCUCUCCCAUUCCACCCAGGCCGCUGGCCCCGGUGCUCAAAGUCUAAAUCAGGUCGGACAUUCCACCGGGCCCUGCCCUGCCUCCUCUUCCUCCUCCUCUUCCUCCCUCUCCUCCUUAUCCUCUUCGCCACAGAGGGGCGGUGCCCCCAACCAUCUCCCCUCCUCUCCCCUCCCCUCCGCCACCACUACCUCAGGGGCACAAACCAAAGAGACCACGCCUUUAGGAAGCAGCAGCGGAUUGGCUACCACUGCAGGGACGCUGCUCAGUCCCAGUGCCUCCGCCCCUACGCAGGGAUUGGCUAAUCGCAUCCAGAAGGGGGCGGUGACCACCACGUACAGUUCGGGGAUCCAAUCCCGGCCCGGCUCUCCUCCUCCGGGCGCGCUCAGUACAGACAAUCCUCAGCUCUCACCCUUGCUCACAGGAAUGGACAAUAAUAAGGAUGAUGUUAACCACGAUGAUAAUAAUAAUAAUAAUAAUCAUCAUCGUGGUGUUAAUCAACGAGCCACCACAGACAAUAACAUCAAGGUCAACAACAUCCACCCGGGUGUCCACCACGGAGGUCCCAAACCCCUGUCGGAACACUCUGUGGCCCCCUCGCGCCUCUCAGCCAUGUCUGCCUCCCCCCCUCGCUCCACUGACCCACACCCCACCACAGCCAACAACCUCGCCAGCCUUAACAGCAGUCCAUCCAACAGCGGGACCACCGGUACCACCACCACUACCCCACAGGUCAACGGUAAGGGGCUAGAGGACUCUCGGAGCCCAGUGAAGGUGGAUCCCACUGGGCUGGCUCACAGAAGGCCAGCCCUGGCCUCAUGGUCCUCAGUAUCCAUCUACCCCAGCUCCAACCAGGUGCUCAAAGCAUGCAGGAACCUGGGGAAAAACGGCCUGUCCAGCAGCAGCAUCCUCCUGGAUAAGUGUCCCCCACCCCGGCCCCCUCCGACCCCCUCACCCUCGCUGCCAAAGGACAAACUCAACCCCCCCACACCCAGUAUCUACCUGGAGAAUAAGAGGGAGGCCUUCUUCCCUCUGCUUCAUCAGUUCUGUACCAACCCCUCCAACCCGGUCACUGUCAUCAGAGGGCUGGCCGGGGUGCUCAAACUGGACCUGGGUCUGUUCUCUACUAAGACCCUGGUGGAGGCUAACCCAGACCACCUGGUUGAGGUGCGGACCCAGCUGUCUCAGCCCACCGAUGAGAACUGGGACCUGAGCGGCACCAGGAAGAUGUGGCGCUGUAAGAGCAGCCAAUCACACACCACAAUCGCCAAGUAUGCCCAGUACCAGGCGUCGUCCUUCCAGGAGUCACUACGGGAGGAGAAGAAGAAGGAGCUGGAAGCAGAGAGUGCGUCGUGGCGGAAGAAAGGGCCCUUCAAACACAUCAAGUUUGGCACCAACAUCGACCUGUCUGACGAUAGGAAGUGGAAACUGCAGCUGCAGGAGCUCAGUAAACUGCCAGCCUUUGCCAGGGUGGUGUCUGCUGGCAACCUGCUCAGCCACGUAGGACACACCAUCCUGGGCAUGAACACUGUCCAGCUUUACAUGAAGGUCCCCGGGAGCAGGACGCCAGGUCAUCAAGAGAACAACAACUUCUGUUCAGUGAACAUCAACAUUGGCCCGGGGGACUGUGAGUGGUUCUCUGUGCCCGAGCCUUACUGGGGAAUCAUCAACAACUUCUGUGAAAAGAACAACAUCAACUUCCUGAUGGGUUCAUGGUGGCCCAACCUGGAGGACCUGUUUGAGGCAGAUGUCCCUGUGUACCGCUUCAUCCAGCGCCCCGGAGACCUGGUGUGGCUCAACACGGGCACCGUCCACUGGGUCCAGGCCAUCGGCUGGUGCAACAACAUCGCCUGGAACGUAGGACCCCUCACCGCAUACCAGUAUAAGCUCGCAGUAGAGCGAUAUGAGUGGAACAAGCUGCAGAGCGUCAAGUCCAUCGUCCCCAUGAUACACCUCUCCUGGAACAUGGCCAGGAAUAUCAAAGUCUCCGACAGCAAGCUCUUCCAGAUGAUCAAGUACUGUCUGCUGCGGACAUUGAAGCAGUGUCAGAUGCUGCGGGAGCUGCUGCAGGCGUCAGGCAAGGAGCUGGUGUGGCACAGCAGGACCAGGGACGAGCCCGCACACUACUGCAGCAUCUGCGAGGUGGAGGUGUUUGACCUGCUGUUUGUAACCAGUGAGAGUAACAGCAGGAAGACGUACGUGGUGCACUGUCAGGACUGUGCCCGUAGGGGGAGCUCUAACCUGGACAACUUUGUGGUGCUGGAGCAGUACAAGAUGGACGACCUCACACAGGUCUACGACCAGUUCACACUCGCUCCUCCUCUGCCAUCCUCCUCUUGACGGUAACAUUCUGUUGUUCUGAGGACAAUAAGAAUCCACGCUGGUCUCCCAGAACCCACCUGAAGCCCUUUUUCUGAUAUUCAGGAAGUGAGCCAGCAGUCCUCCACUGCUUUCCGUAGCUAUUCCACAAGGCAGCUGUGUGAAAAUCUGUGUCUAUGCAACCUGCCCAGAGUGGAGGUGAGUUGUCUCCUCCUAGAGGACUGGAGGGGCAGGGCAUUAUUCCUGCCUCCGCCACCAGACUGUUCAAUCGUUGUCUGGCUCAGCUGUAACUUCUCUAGAAAAACACAACAAAUUUGGACCGCAUUUUUUUUGUAUAUAUUGUGUUAAAACUGCCAACAACUCACACAAAGACUACUGACUUAAUACACAUUUCCCUUUAAAAAAAAAUUAUGUUUGUGGGCUGAUACAAACGUUCUCUGAGUUGGUUUCCUGCCCGCUCUUCCCCUUGAGUCUAAGUACUAGAAUCGCUGGUCUUUUGUUAGUAAAUAGAAGUCUUCUUUGGGCAAGAAAAUAAUAAAAAAAAUGUUUUAUGUGAAUAGUUGAAGUAAUAUAUAUAUAUAUAUAUUUUUUACUGCUUUUGUUAUUUUAGAACCAUAAUGUUUUUGGUUCUGUGGGUAAAAAGAGUAAUAAAAUGAGUGAAAAAUGAACAGCCAACUCACCAAGAGAAAUGGGUUGAACGUAGGCUUUUAAGGAAUAAACUUUAAUUUGUGUUUUUUUUUUUUUUCUUGUAAAUGUACACUAUUUAUAAAAUGUAUAUUUAUUGCUUGAAAAUAUUUGUUGAUCGAAUGCUGUAAUUCUUUUCCCAGAUUACCUGCCAUUAAAGGAGUGGUCAUUUUACACACGGCCCCUCCUACGUUUUCUAUAUGAAUAAAAUUGCUUUAGCAAAGCAUUGUA